AUGGAUGGCCCAGGAGGCUCGCCCCACCGGUACCUAGGCCAGGGCUGGGAUAUAGGCCAGCGGUAUGCCAACCUGCUGAAGCCCAUCAGAGACCAAACCAAGAACUUCGACAUCGAUAUCGCACCAUACCUUGACCAGUACCUGGGAGAAAUCUGCCAGAGCCGAACCACCGACCAAGAAAGUGAAUCCAAGGUCAAUUUCACCCGAGCAGCCUUUCUCAUCCAAGGAAGCGCCUCUGUGUACAGUAGGAAGGUUGAUUAUCUGUACAACCUCGUUCAAAAUCUGGCGGAAGAAAUAGUUCAUAACAGCUUGAAAAGUCGGCAUAAAAAGGAGAAUGUGAAAGAAGGGGGUGCCUCAGCAGCGAGGCGAAAAAAAAACGACACGCAGUUCGUGAUGCAUGAGGAUAUUAAACAUGCGGACAGCAUAGACGACGUGACGACCUCGCGGCAGGCAGCUGGAAAUCAGGCUAUUGCCCAGCAAAACCAGUUUCGGAGGCAGCGCUGGAGACCUCUGCCCAUGGUCGUCUUCGACACUGAAGAGGAGAACAGGCUUUACGACAUCGCGGGGGCCGCGGUUGGUUCGCGCUUCGGCUAUCGUCUGUACGGGGGCGCGUACGAAUUAGGCGAGCGCCAAAAUGAGCAGAGUAAGUGUGCUCAGGCAGAUUAUAGUUCCCUUACCAUGUCGCCUGCGGGCUCGACUCUGGCUAUGGACUAUGACUGCGGACCAGCGUCGCCGCUGUUCACACCAGAAGAACCAGAAACAGUCCCCUUCGGUAAGGACAUAUGGACAAUCGAGGAGUGUCCAGCCAAGUCAGACGUGGAGGAGGACCUCACGGUGCCCGUGCCUCCUGUCUGGCAGUCGAGCCUCGCCAAGCACAUCAUGAACGAGCAGCAGCAGCAGCAUCCUACACAGCCCUUCAUAGGUAUCAAGAGGCUGCACGACCCAAUGCAGGAAGGGCCGGGGAAGGAUAAGCCUCUGGUGCUUCGCAGGAAGACGCGGAAGCGGGCCUUUGAUGAGUGCAGCUCCUCGGAUGGUGAAAGUGUUUCGAGUGUCAUCGUGCCUGUCGCCUCCAUUUGGGUCAAGCAAAGUCAUUAUCCACACUUGCUGGCCAAGGAGCUGCAGCUGCAGGGACAAGUCCUUCCGGGAGGAGAGCGGUAUUUGCGGCAAACACUGAAAUUGCUGAAGCAGAUGGACAAAGAAAAGGGCAAGGAUAAGGAUGACAUUGAGAAGUGUGCUGAGGACUCGGAAGACGUCGAUGGCGGUCCUGGCAUGCCUUCUGACGACCGUCCAGGCUCAGAACAGGAAGAUACAGACCUUGAUCUCGCUUGCCGUGCUAAUAUCAACUUGCCCGAAACAGCUGAGCAAGCCCCACCUUCGUCAGAGGAUUGCUCGGAAAAAGGCUCUUACGAGAACGUGGUCCACAGCCACCUGCAGGAGUUUCACGAAAGUGUGUCGCAUUGUCAGUUCUCGGAUUUGUACAAGAGAGUGGCCGAUUGGGAGAGUCGAAUCAGGCCUCUGCUGGACACUGAAGAGGAGCGGGAGAGAUUCGACAUCCGCACCUACAGCAACCGAGUGCUGGACCACUUCUCCAACGCGCCGUCCAAGCAGACCCUGUACUUCCGCGAGAUCUGCAGAGGACGGCAGAUGUGGGAGGUGCCUCGCUACUUCAUUGCCACGCUGCAACUGGCCAACAACUACAAUGUGGAGCUUGGCACAGACGACGUGAUGGAAGAAGGCAUGGACACGCUGCACCUAACGUUGCUUUCGCGGAAGCAGAACUUCCACGAGCUCGAAGAGUUUGGCGACAACCACGUCAGCUUGACGAACACACCCGAGCCUGCGAGAAACAUGAAAUAG